AUGAGUCAAGACACCAAAAUAAUUAAACGAACUUAAUUUACACCUUAAGAGUCAGAUAUAAAAAAUAUCAUUCCAACCUAAGGGAAAUCAAAAGAAGAGAUGCGUAUCUUCCUUUUCGAGUUUUUUGGAAUGGCUUUGUUUGCUUAUGGGAUAAUAUGCUCACAAGGCUCCGAUGAGUUUUUGGCCUUGUUUUUCUUUGCCUCUGUGUGCUUGGCUGCUCCAUUUUCAGGAGCGCACGUUAACCCUGCGGUUACCUUGGCAAUGCUACUUUCAAGAAGAAUAAAUUUCGGAUAGGCAGUGUUAUAUUGGUUGGCCUAAUUUACUGGGGCUUUAUGCGGAGCUUGCUGUUGCUAUUUGAUUUUGAAUGAGGUUGAUAGCCCUUAGGUGAAGAGCUAAGAAUACAGUUGGAUACUUUCAGAUGUGAGUGGGGAGGCAUUUGGAGCAUUCACCUUUAUUCUUUUUAUUCUAAUAUAGACAGACUCAGAAACCACACUAACCCCAGGAGGCUAACCAAUGACAACCUAUGUACUAGUAGCGUUGGCGUUGUACUUCUCGAGAGGAUUUACAUUUCAUUCUGGAGGUUGUUUGAACCCUGGAAUGGCUGUGUCGUUGUAACUCUUUUAAUCAUUUUAAACAGGAGAUAGGUAGAGAAUGGAAUUCUUAUGGGUGUUUGUAGGUGGUCCAAUGGGAGGAGGAUUUGGUGCAAGUGUAUUUUUCGAACUCUUUUAUAAGAAAUAAAUAAAGAGACUGUGAAAUUAUAUAUAAUUUUAAUCAAAAUAAUGGGUAGUUUAAAUUUGAAUUGAAAUUCAUUUGAAUAAAAAAUGCAAUUU